UGGCAGUUUCACUGUCAUCGUCAGAACUUCCCGUUCUAACUAAAAAACGGAGCCUGAAUUUAGCCACUGUAACAAUGUUUCGUGACACUAUAACACGGUGAAUUUAGCUACCCAUUCUACAUACCUUUAGCCACAUAAUGUUGUAUUAGCUUACUGUGUUUUCUUAUAAUUCUAAAACCUGACUGCGACAGAUAAUGUUCACACACAACAAAAGAAUAGAAAUUGUAUGAGUGUCUCUGACAAAGUUAGCCAGAACAUAGCCCAUAUACAAUAGGAAGGAAUGAUUGGUAAACGUUGCUUUUCAAAACCUCUAUUUUAUCCAAGGCUAUAAACGAUCGAUCGUCUCAUAAAUAUGAAAAUGUAACAGACAGUUUCCAACAGGGAGACGGAGAGGGGGAGGGAUUCCGCGCCCAGCCCUGUGAUAGGAUGGCACAGUGGAGACAGCUGAAGCUGCAGCUGCAGUACCUGUCCCACCAGCACAUGAAUGAACUCUACCCUCCCACCUUCCCCAUGGAUGUCCGCUGCUACCUGGCCUCUUGGAUCGAGGAACAGUGCUGGGAUGAGAUCAUCGACAGUCCUGAUCAGGAUGUUCGGGCAUUGGGGAUGCUGGAUCAGAUCAUAUCUCGCCUGCAGAGAAUCUCUCAGGACAGCACCAAUGUGGUGGAAAAGAUGAGACUGCAGCAAAUCGCCAAUUACAUGAAUGUCCACCGCUCUCAGCCUCUUCAGCUAGUGAAGACAGUCCAGGAAACCCUACAAAAAGAGAGAAUCCUGCUCAACCAGGUACUCCCCACCUUCCCCUCCCCCAGCCCACAUGCGUCAUACUCCCCUGCACCCUCCCCUCUCCCGGGCACGUCCCAGGCUCCGGGACGGGCUGACGGGCCCUGGGGCUCCCAGAGAGACGCAGGGAACAGGGACGUGGACUUGCUGGUGCUCAAAGUUCUGGAGAUACGGGAGUGCAGACAGAAUAUCCACCAGAUGCAGGAGGACCUGAACUGGGAGAGAGCCAACUUUGAGUCUCUGCAGGUCUCCUUCUCAUCCAACAUGAGUAAUGGUCUGGACCCUAAAACCACAGAAGUCCAGAAACUCCAGAGCCGCAUUCAGCAACUUGAAUUUAACGGCCAGGAAAUUUCCAAGAAGCGCAUGCAGCUCCUGCGAGAGGUGGUGGACUGCCUUGAACACUGCCAGGCUCGCCUCCUCCAACGGAUAAAGUCCUGGAGGAGGGAGCAACACCUGGCCUCUAUUGGGGCCCCAUUCGACGACAACCUGGGGCCACUGCAGACCUGGUGUGAGCAGUUACUUGGAGUGAAUGUUACACUCAGACAGGAGAUUUUUCUUGUGGGAGGGGACUGUCCAGGCAGCGAGGUGAUCACAGAGCUGCAGGAGCGGCUUGGCCUUCUUCUCCAGACACUAAUCCAGAGCUCCCUGAUGGUGGACAAGCAGCCCCCCCAGGUUAUAAAGACCCAGUCCAAGUUCUCCACCACUGUGCGCUACCUGCUGGGGGAGAAGGUGACCCCGGGGAAGCCUGUGGUGCUGAAGGCCCAGAUCAUCACCGAGAUGCAGGCUCGGAACCUGGGCCAGCUGGGAUCCAUCCCCACGGAAAAUGUUGGUGAGCUGAUCAACAACACAGCCAUCUUGGAACACAAUGCGUCCACCAAGAGCACUUGUGCCACCUUCAGGAAUAUGUCCAUAAAAAAGAUUAAGAGAGCGGACAGGAAGGGAUCCGAGUCAGUGACAGAAGAGAAGUUUGCGCUCCUCUUUUCCAGUGAAAUCAGCAUCACAGGGUGUGACAUGCCCUGCUGCAUGCAGGUGAUCACUCUUCCUAUUGUUGUGAUCGUUCACGGUAGUCAAGACAACAAUGCCCUGGCCACAAUCAUAUGGGAUUGUGCCUUCUCUGAACCAGACCGGGUACCGUUCGUGGUUCCAGAGCGGGUACCCUGGAAGCAGAUGUGUUUGACUUUGGACAGUAAGUUCCGGUUAGAGGUGCAGACACAACUCAGUCUGGACCCCCCCAACCAGCACUUCCUCGCACAGAAAAUCUUUGACAAGCCCGACAUCUGUGGUGACUAUAGCAACAUGAUGGUUUCCUGGGCCCAGUUCAAUAAGGAAGUGUUGCCAGGACGUUCGUUCACCUUCUGGCAGUGGUUCGAUGGCGUGAUGGAGCUCACAAAGAAACACCUGAAGAGCUACUGGAGUGAUAAGCUCAUUUUUGGCUUCAUCGGGAAGCAGCAGCUGCACCUUAUUCUGCAGGACCGCCCGGACGGAACCUUCCUGCUCCGCUUCAGCGAUUCGGAAAUCGGGGGGAUCACCAUCGCCUAUGUCUCCACCUCUGAGAAUAGAUGCAGGAGAAUACAGAACAUCCAGCCCUUCACCAAGAGGGACCUGGAGAUCCGCUGCCUGGGCGAUCGAAUCAGAGACAUCGAUUUCAUAACGCACGUGUACCCGGACCGGCCCAAAAAUGAUGUGUUCAGGAAAUAUUACACAGAUGACCCUCAGCCUUACAACAGUGGCUACAUCCCCGUCUCCAUCCAGACCAAAGUGGCAGCAGGGGAGACCUCUUCCCCUACGUCUUCUACAUCUUCAAUGACGGAGAUCCCACAGGACCCAAACAGACUCACUUACUCUGCAGCCCCUCUGUAUCCCACGAUGAACCCGCAAGGUAACGGAGUCUUCAGCUCAAGCCAGCAGUUCCCGACCCACUACCCUUCCAACAUGGAGGUUCCACUGACCUACACUGAUACUCUCAGCCUCAGUCCAUUACAUGACAUGGCGCAGGUUAACCCUCCCAUAUCCGACGACAUGGAGCUCGAUAUGUUUGGUACAGGGGGAUUCGAAAUGACACAGUGAUGUCACAGCUUUCUACAUCUGCAAGUCGACCAUUAUACCAAUCAGACAAAUACCAAAAUACCUUCCCUGUGAAAUACAGAGGACCAGUCAGUGACAGGAGAGACCACAUGCCUGUAUAAAAACGCUACUUUCUUUUUUUCUUCAUGCAUGUUCUCUUGCAUUUUCAUAAUGUCUUAUUUUAGGUAUUCCUAAAAUUCCAUGUGUCUGAAAAACAAGGGGGUUGUGGCAAGACAUUCUGAAAGAACAUUUGUUCAAAUGCUUAUUCAUGGACACCUGGCCUCUUGGAACAAUUAUAGUAAAUAGAUACCAACCUCAGCCAGUCAAGGAUCCACACAGUUCUUUGUGAGUUAUGACUUAUGAAAUGACACAGAAAUACAAAAAACAACCACUGAUCAGGUGGCCCCACCCAACAUAGUGGUAGUAAAAAUUGAAUGUGGGAGAUGAUGCACUUAUAAAUAAUAUAUUUCAUUACAAAAUGGACUGUGCCAACAGCUUUAUCAUAUAACCACUACCCACCACCUCUGCUCUGAUUGUGAGUGGACAGUACAUUUUCCUCUACCCGCCUCUACUUCAGCCAGAAUGCCUUUUUUGAUUAUAUAUUUCACAUAUGAAAAUAUCUGUAUACCCUGGUUGAUUUAUGUUUUAAAAUUGUCACCAGUAUCUUUGAAAAUAAAGUUUUUACUUGUA